UUUCUUCAGGUCAAUACUGACACAAAGAGACUUCAUCAGAGAAACACUACUAGGUGUGGUGAACAAAGUGGUGGACUAUCUAAAGCAACUUUGCAUCACGUUCUGGUGUCCAGUCGCUAUAAAACGCUGUUUUGUUUCGUCCCAAAGGUUGCAUGUAGUAACUGGAAAAGCGUUCUUCUAGUUUUAGAGGGGUAUUUUAACACAACCAAAAUUAAAGGAUUCAUCGUGCACCAUAUGGGCCUGUUAGACGCUCUGAAACGUCACUCCAACAGUGAAGUCGUCCGCAUGCUACACACAUACAAAAAGAUUGCCUUUGCUCGUGAGCCUAUGGAGCGCAUAGUUUCAGCAUACCAGAACAAAUUUGCCCAGGAUUAUGAAGGAAGAAAAUAUCACAAGAAAUAUGGCAAAAGUAUCACCAACAAAUAUCGCAAAAAUUUCACGGGCGAGGUCACCGACGAACGUUACACCAAGUUUAAUGACUUUCUGAAAUACUUGAAAUACUUUCUUUUCGAUGAUAUCAGAGGAGGAAUUCGUCCAAUUGAGAAAUGCGUACGAUAAAGAUUAUGAAAUAUUUGGUUUUCACAGACCGACUUAUUCGGAAGUAAUUGGCAGUGCAUAAACACUGAUGCAAUCGUUAUUCCCUGCUUUUAUUCUUCACACGGUCGGAAAGAGUCAGGGAGGGGGAGGAGAGGAAAAGGUAAAGGGGGCUGCGACUGGGACUAAAAACUGGGUGA